AUUCUGUUGACAGCGCUAGCUUUUAACAUUAACAAAAUCUGCAGUCUUGUAAAAAUAUUGUCUCUCCUUCCUUGCAGUGCAGAUGUUGUCAAGAAUAGACUGUACCUUGGCUACAUCUUAAGAGUGGGUAGAAAAAAAAAACAGUCAAAAAAAAAAAGGGGGAAAAAAAAAUCAGGAAAAUAGAUUAAUGAUUUAUUUCGGUUUUAGUACAAGUAAAAAAUAAAAGCUAUAUUUCAAACAAUAUGUUGUCUUUACAAUAUUAUAUAGAAACACAUUUAUAACGUCUUUCUAAUUUUUUAUACAUGAAAAUAUAGAGGAAACAUUUUAGGUCAGGGGACCAUAUUAAAAAGUUUGAAAAGCCCUUUUCUAGACAUAAUAACAGAAUGCAACUGUGAGUGUAGUCUAGCACGUGUAAGUCCGUCCUCUAACAAGGUGUCCGCGCGCUCUAUAUUUCAAUGCCCUCCAGUCAGGUUUUCACCGAGCAUCCCGGAAGAAUGACGAAUAUGAACAAUCAGUUCACAGCGUCUGACAAAUCCGCUCCUGUUCAGACUCUGAUAGACUCAUCUGCCUCCGCUCUUUGUUCUUGUCUCGCCAAACAAAAACUUCGCAGAGACUAUUAGAAAAAAUGAAUGUAUUUUACCGGCACGGGCUCAGUAAAAACACGGUUGUCUUCGUUUUUGUGUUGAGCGCCGCUCGUUGCUGUCAAGCGUAUAACUUGGAUGUGAGGUUCCCAGUCGUCAAAGAGGGAAAAACAGCUGGCAGUUUGUUUGGAUUUUCUGUUGCAUUUCACGAGCAGGUCGUCGGAGAGAAGAGAUACCUACUUCUUGUAGGAGCACCGAAGGAGAAAGCAGAGUCUGGAUUGUUAGCCAAUGAGACUGGAGAUAUAUAUGCCUGUCAAAUCACUGCAGACCCCAAAGACUGCGAAAGGCUGAAUCUUCUCAACUCACAUUCUGAAGACUCUUCGUACCUUAAAAAUAAUAUAAUAGAUGGGAUGUGGCUUGGUGUGUCGAUAGUCAGUCAGAGUCAACCAGGGGGCCGUGUACUGGCCUGUGGUCAUCGUUAUACACGAAACUUUUCAACCAACUUUCGCAUGAUUGGGAAGUGUUUUGUUCGUGGAAAUGAUUUAAAGUAUGACAGUACAGACUCUCAGUGGCAGUCAAACGAUGAGGUGUGUGACCCCAGUAAGGAUCAGACUAGUGAAGGCAUGUGUCUUGCUGGAAUGUCUGCCGCCGUCACUCAGACAAAGAUCUUCUUCGGUGCACCUGGAUGCUUCAACUGGCAAGGAAAUACAUUUUCACACUGGCAUAACCCUGUCGAUGAGUUUGAUAAAGUGAAGAGCAAGCUUCUAAACAUGAACAACAAAGGGAAUAUUUACAUUGGUUACUCUGUGACUGUGGAUCAAGAUGUACUAAGCAAAGGCAGAGACACAGUGGUAACAGGAGCUCCAAGAGAUGAAGCCAGAGGAUCGGUGAUGAUGGUUGAAGUUUCUGAUAAUGGUGUCAGUGAAAAAGUCCACAGUAGUAUCAUGGGGGAACAAGUCGGAUCCUAUUUUGGCAACAGCAUUGCUGUUGUGGACAUUAACAAUGAUAGUUGGAAGGAUCUGAUUGUUGGAGCCCCUUUCUAUUUUGACCGGAGCAAUGAUACAGGCGGGGCAGUCUAUAUCUAUUUGAACCAAGGCGGGAAAUUUCUUAACAAAUCUGAUGUGGUCCUCACUGGGCCUAAGCACUCAGCUUUUGGCAUGGCUGUUGUUGCUAUUGGUGAUGUGAACCAGGAUGGCUUCCAAGAUUUUGCUGUUGGUGCUCCAUAUCAUAAUAAAGGCAGAGUAUCUAUAUGGAUGGGCAGCAACAAGGGUAUUUCCCAAACGCCUAGUCAGGUCAUUGAUGGAAAAGACAUCCCAGGUGCUGGGUUUCAGACAUUUGGCUAUUCCAUCAGUGGGGGCAUGGAUGUGGACAGAAACAGUUACCCAGACAUAGCGGUCGGAUCGUUAGAUGAUCGUGUGGUCCUGCUGAGGGCACGUCCUGUGAUUCACCUAAAGAGUACUUUCACUGUGACACCAGCAGUUAUCAACCCUCAAACCUGUGAUGCCUGUAUUGAAGCAAAGGUCUGUUUCUCCUACACAUUCAGCACUGGCACUGGCAAUUCCCAGAAGAAUAUUAUUUUUCAAUAUACGGUGGAAGCCGAUCUGCACUCGUCUCGGAGCACUCGUGUUCGUUUCCUUGACAACAAAGAGGGCAAAUACACUGGCAAAAUGUCCAUUAAUCCGUCUGGAGAUUGUAAUUUUCUGAAACUUGAGCUGGAGUCCAAGACGAUCCAAAACAAGGUGGCUCCGAUAGUUUUCUUGCUGAGCGUGUCUUUGGUGGAGCCUCUUCCCUCAGGCGGGCAGACGUUGGAGGACCUCAGUGCUUUUCCUGUGAUCAGCCAAAGAGACGCUCUGACUGCCAGAGCUGAGAUCCACAUACAGAAAGAAUGUGGAAUAGAUAACAAAUGUGAGAGCAACCUUCAGAUGACGGCUAUGUUCACAGAUGAUCAUAGCACACCGUUCCCCACGCAAAAUGGCCACCAGAUGUUCCACUACAGUACCGACAAGAAGAAGCUGAAGUUGAUGGUGAAUGUGUCCAACGUUGAAUCACAGAACAGGAAAGCAGAAGACGCUUACAGAGCUCUUCUAAAUGUCACCAUUCCCUCCUCACUCAGCUACGCCAGCCUGAAUCCCAAGAACUUGAAUGUUGAAUAUAAACUCGGGGAUGCUUAUCUUCUGUGUACACUGGGGGACCCCUUCAAACGAAAUCAGAGAGUGGAGAUUGAGAUCACCUUUGAAACGAGCGGAAUCACAAUAGACAUGCAGGAGAUUCAGACUGAACUGCAGCUCUCAACGUGGAGCGAGCAGAAUGAUCUACAACCCCUGUCGAGAGUGCUAAUGGUGGAGUACAUCCUAAAGCCCAACUUUAAUAUUCUUAACCCCAGCAUUACCACUGAAUUCAGUGGCAAUGUAAUUGGAGAAUCAGCCAUGAAAAGUACCAGUGAUAUUGGAAGCCCAGUGGAAUUUAACAUCACAGUGGAUCUUUCUGGAAAACCUCUGGGAAAUCUGGGGUUUCUGGAAGUGGUCUUUCAGUGGCCUUAUGCUGUGGCUAAUAAGAAGUGGCUGCUUUACCUGUCAGAGAUUCAGAUGACAGGAACGUCCGAGCCCUUCUGUGUACCUAAAAAUAACAUCGUAAACCCUCUUAAUCUCACAGUGUCAGAGCGCAAGUCUGGGAGGAGGAAAAGAGAUGAGGGCUCCUUGGAGCCUGAACAGACUGAACCGCAGGCCUCCCUGAACGCGCGGGCCCUCCAGAGCAAAAAAACUGAAAAACUGGACUGUUCCAAGGGUUCUGCCCUCUGUCAGACAUUCACCUGCCCGUUGUUUGGCAUGAACACCACGGCCGAUCUCACUGUCAGAGCGCGCGUAUGGAACAGCACGAUGCUUGAGGACUACAAAGCUCUAGGUGUAGUUGUUUUGGGUAGUGCCACACUGGUUCUAAAAACAGACAAACCAACCAUCAAGAUGGACAAUUUCACCCGUGAGUUGACAGUAUUUAUAGACCCUGCGAUGCCAGAAGAGCUUCCAUAUAAAGCACCUCUGUGGAUAAUCAUUGUGUCUGUGCUGGCUGGAGUGAUUCUGCUGGGUCUGAUUAUCAUUUUACUGUGGAAAAGUGGAUUUUUUAAGCGGGCUGCCUACUUCCGAACUAUGCCAAAAUACCAGGGUGUGAAGAUUUGUAAGAAGGAACAGUACCAGGUAAACCAGGGCUUUUUGAUUGUGGACUCAACGAACAACAAGAAACACUGGAUCACAAACUGGACUGAGAAGAAACAGUACUACUGAUGAAUGCACUGCCAAACUGUCUCUCUUAGACAGUGGAAUGGAUGUUUACAGAUGUUUAUUAUCUGAAUCAGCGCAACUGACUACCUGAUUGGAUUGAAACUUCAUAUGGAUAUCAGAUAUAAUUGAACAUGUUCAUUCAAAACUGCCUGAUAUGAAUUGAUUAUACAGAAGACUCUAUGUGAGAUUUCUGUUUUGAUGUUUAUUUUGUUAUUGUUUUUCAACUGAAUACAUGUACUAUGUAUGCUGGAGAGCUCAACAAUGAGGAUUUUUACUGGCUCAGCAGUUAAGAUUAGUCCCCACCACAAAGGAAUGAUCAAUUUUGACAAAAAGAUAAUGUUGUUGUUCCAAAUUCUGCUGAAUUGUCACAAAUCCAAACCCUUAGGGUUAGUUCACCCAAAAAUGAAAAUUCUGUCAUUAAUUAUUCACCCUCAUGUCGUUCUACACCCGUAAGACCUUCGUUCAUCUUCAG